AAAAAAUGGAUAAGGACAUUGAUGUUGAUAAGGUGAUUUGUAUUUGCAUAAUAGAUCAUUGAGAAAUUGUUAGAAACUAAAGGGGCUCGUAAUGGAAAACCAGUGAAUCUAACAGAGAGUGAAAUAAGAUCAUUGUGUAUAAAAAGUAGAGAGAUUUUCUUAACUUAACCAAUGUUGUUGGAAUUGGAAGCUCCUAUAAAAAUAUGUGGUAAUAUACUAUAAAUAUAAUAAGGUGAUAUACAUGGACAAUAUACAGAUUUGUUAAGAUUAUUUGAAUAUGGAGGAUAUCCCCCAGAAGCUAAUUAUUUAUUUCUUGGAGAUUAUGUUGAUAGAGGAAGGUAAUCGUUAGAAACUAUCUGUUUAUUACUUGCUUAUAAGAUUAAAUAUCCUGAGAAUUUCUUUCUUCUUAGAGGAAAUCAUGAAUGUUCACAAAUCAAUCGGAUUUAUGNUAUUUAUGUUUUAAUGGAAUAUUUUCAGAUGGAAAUUUUUGGAAAUUAAGUAAUCCUCUGA